AUGAGUUUGACUAUCUUUGGUGGAUUGCGAGCCUCGAUUCGGAAACAUCUUUUUGAGCCAAGACGGAGAAUGAGCCUUUCUCGAUCAAGGGAUCCAAGCCAAGAACGACCACCACAAAAACCCCCAUCGAUUUUGGUAUAUUCGGGGAACAGUUCUUCUCUGUAUCGAAAGAUUCGAGACUGUUUAUCAUUUUGUCUUCCCGCUGAUAUCUACACUGUUUUCAAUCUCUCCAACGAUGCCAUUCGUAGCGCGGCAUGGAUUGAUCCUUCUUCGUAUUGCCUGCUCAUAGCGGACACUGUUGGAUUGGAUGAUCCGGCAUGGCAUCGGUUGCAUCAAUUCUUCAAUCAAUCUGGAAAAAUCAUCUUUAUCUGCCAAAAUCGUUUACUCGCAAGUUUUACAAACGCUGAUUCAACGAAGAAACAAGAGGGACUUUUAAAAUUGGCAUUUGGCGAUCGAUCGAACUUUUUUGGAAAAGAGUUUGAGACGUUUCUCAAGAAAGCAUUGAAAUCUUUAGCUAAACACAAUAAGGUCCACGAAACCUAUCAUUCAAAGGAUAUUGUGGAUGGAGCUCAAUUUACUGUUCUUCUUUCAAAAAUGCCCGAAACUCCACUGUUGCUCUAUAUGGAAAACAGUGUCCAUCGAGCUUCUGCUGUAUUUUCUGAUGCGACAACAGAUGAAAUGCUUUCCCCCGAAUCAUCAGUAGUCCGAGAUGCUUUAUCGAGAAUUGGAGUGCGCGUAAUGGAGACGCAAAAUGGACCUCCACCUUUAACUCAAGGAUAUCUUCAGAUGAGCCCCACAAAAGAUUGGGAUCAAUUUGAAAGCCGAAUUUUGCUGGGCGAAGCAGUGGGGACAUCUCCUCGAAUCUUUUUACGUAAAUCCGACAAACUAUCUGAUUUGCCCAUACCUGAAGCGACGUCUGAACUACUUCCAAUUGAGAUUACUCCAAGCGGUUCACUUUUUCCUUCCUUUGAUGCCUCAAAAUACUUUGAAAUUCUGCAAGCAAAGACUUUGGGGCGGUGCUUGAUUUUUGUUCCUGUUUGCACGACCACUAUGGAUGUUUGUUCAAGUAUAUCAUCUUCAUGGGCAGGAUUUGAAGGUGUGAUUGUGAUUGCACGCCAACAAACACAUGGCAGAGGACGUGGUGGAAACGAGUUCAUUUCGUUGCCCGGAACUGCAAUGUUCACAAUGAACUGCACUGUUAGACAAAACAGCGCUCUCGCAGAACGUCCGUCCCUUAUUCAACAUAUCAUGGCUACAGCCGUCGCUCAAGCUGUAUCGAAGUUAUCGGGUGUUGAGGAAUUUCCUUUUCGUAUCAAGUGGCCAAAUGAUUUUUACUUCAGUCGAUCUCAUAAAGUUGGAGGGUUACUGGUUACCGCAAAGCACCGAGACAACUGCAUCGAAUUUAUCAUUGGCGUCGGUGUCAAUGUUGAAAACAGUAAACCAACGGUGUGUCUUAAUGACAUGUUGCCCGAAGAAUCGACAACAGAGUUCUCAGUCGAAAGUGUGAUCGCCGAGACAGUGACUCAAUUUGAAAAUCUGUUAUUUGAAUUCGAAAUGCAAGGCUUUGAGGUAUUCAAAGAGCGAUACGAAAGCUUUUGGUUGCACAAUCGUGAAGAAGUUACUCUCGAAGAUGGCGAUAAAGUGGUCAUUAGAGGAAUCGAUAAAAACGGCUAUUUGAGUGUAAAAAGUAGACGAACUGCUAAGGAGUUUACAAUCGGCGAUGACGGAAAUACGUUCGAUAUGAUGAGAGGACUUAUUCGACAUAAGUUAGUC